AUGGAGCCCUCAAACUAUACCGAUAUUCCAGACGAACCUAGAUACAUUAGUUUCCCCAGCGUAGAACCGGGCACAAAAACUUCUGAUGGCAAGCAAGUCUUGAAUAGAUGGAGCUCAACCAUAACUAGAGAACAUGAUUUCCCAGGCGCUCAAGCCAUGCUGUACGCAGCUGGCAUUCCGGAUAGAAUGUCCAUGAAAACUUCCCCUCAUGUGGGUAUAUCAAGUGUUUGGUGGGAAGGCAACCCUUGCAAUAUGCACUUAAACGAUCUGGGGAAAAUUGUCAAGCAGGCUGUUCAGAAACAGGGUAUGCUCGCAUGGCAAUUCAAUACCAUUGGUGUCUCCGACGCGAUUACUAUGGGAGGCGAAGGAAUGCGAUUCUCGUUGCAGACGAGAGAAAUCAUUGCCGAUUCAAUAGAAACAGUAACAUGCGCUCAGCAUCAUGAUGCAAACAUUUCUAUCCCUGGCUGCGAUAAAAACAUGCCUGGAGUCAUCAUGGCCGCAGCCAGGCAUAAUCGACCAUUUCUAAUGAUCUAUGGUGGUUCAAUCAAAAAAGGACACUCCAAACUUCUGAACAAAAACGUAAACAUCAGUACAUGUUACGAAGCAGCAGGCGCAUUUGCAUAUAAUAGACUCCAACCAACUGAAGAAUACGCUAACAAGGGAUGCACAGCCAGUGACGUGAUGGAAGAUCUGGAGAGGCACGCAUGCCCUGGAGCUGGAGCUUGCGGAGGUAUGUACACUGCAAACACGAUGUCGACAGCAAUCGAGGCGAUGGGUCUAUGCCUUCCUGGUUCAUCCUCUAAUCCAGCUGAAUCUCCUGCGAAGAUGCGUGAGUGUGAGAACGCUGCUGAAGCAAUACGGAUUUGCAUGGAGAAGAACAUCAGGCCCAGAGACCUGUUGACCAAAGAGUCAUUUGAAAAUGCUCUUGUCAUAACCAUGGCUCUAGGAGGUAGCACGAACGGGGUUCUUCACUUCUUAGCAAUGGCAGGUACAGCAGAGGUGCCACUCACUCUAGACGAUGUGCAAAGAGUAAGCGAUAAAAUACCUUUUCUUGCGGACCUUGCGCCGUCUGGAAAGUUCUUGAUGGAGGAUCUUUUCGAAAUCGGAGGAACGCCUUCAGUCCUGAAGCUCCUCGUCGCUGCCGGACUCAUCAAUGGCAACAUACCUACUGUUACAGGAAAGACUCUAGCAGAGAAUAUAGAACCUUUCCCAUCUUUGCCGGCUGAUCAGAAGAUCAUUAGACCUUUGUCAAAUCCAAUCAAGAAGACCGGCCAUCUCCAGAUCUUGAGGGGCAAUCUAAGUCCUGGAGGAGCUGUUGCUAAGAUCACUGGAAAGGAGGGCUUGACCUUCACUGGAAAGGCUCGUGUUUUUAACAAGGAACACGAGCUUGAUAAUGCUCUCACUAAGGGCCAAAUCCCUCAUGGAGAGAAUCUGGUUUUAAUCGUCAGAUAUGAAGGUCCGAAAGGUGGUCCAGGUAUGCCAGAGCAGUUAAAGUCGUCAGCUGCCAUUAUGGGAGCAGGAUUGACGAACGUUGCACUUGUAACGGAUGGCCGCUAUUCUGGAGCAAGCCACGGGUUCAUUGUUGGCCAUGUUGUGCCAGAAGCUGCUGUUGGCGGACCUAUCGCAAUUGUUCAGGAUGGAGAUAUUGUUACUAUUUCAGCAGAGACUAACACUCUCAGUAUGCAUGUUAGUGAUGAUGAAAUUGCCGCUCGAAUGAAAGCUUGGAAACCACCAAAGAGUGUUGUGAAUCGAGGAGUGUUAGCGAAGUAUGCCAAGUUGGUGGGCGAUGCCAGUCACGGAGCCAUGACCGAUUUAUUCUGA